UUUGCUCCGAACGUAAAGCAAGCGCAUUUAUGCCUUAGGGACCCAGCAGACAAUUAUUUUGGACCACAGGCCAAGUCCCGCAGCCGCCGCGGCAAGUUUCGCAGCGAUAUCGGGUGCUGUGCACGGCACAAACAAUGAUGCUGGCCGCACGGGCAGCACAGCGCGGCGCACCGGUGAUUUUUGCUGCGCGAGCAGCGUCUACAACGCGGAGCCUGCGAUGCCCAACGGUGCAGCGGCUUGCGGUCAUCGCCGUGCCGACGCGUCGCGGCCUCGCGACGACCUCCGCGAACAACCUCGUGCCGGCGGCUCUGAGAGGGCUGGACUACGUCGGCACCGUGGCGUUCGCCGCGUCUGGAACGAUGGUCGCGGGACACGCGGGCAUGGACAUCCUCGGCUGCACGAUGGUGGGCACGAUCACGUCGUUGGGAGGUGGUACGAUUCGGGACCUGCUGCUGGGUCGCACGCCGGUCUUUUGGUUUAAGGAGAUCGAGUACCUCUUGCUCUGCGUCGGCACCGCUUUGAUGGCAUUCUACGCGCACGACAAACUCGAGGGACCAGUAGCCGAGGAGGCGCUGUGGUGGGGCGACACUUUAGGUAUCGGCGCCUUUUCGGUAGUCGGAGCGCAAGCGGCCGCUAGCGUGGGCAUGGGUCCGUUGGUGGUCCCUAUUUGUGGCAUGUUCACGGCGACGUGCGGCGGCCUGGUCCGAGACGUGCUCUGCCGCCGGCCACCGAAGUUACUCUACUCAGCGGCGCAAGACUCGCCGGCGGCGGCGGGCACGCUCUACGCGCCCGCAGCGUUGAGCGGCGCGAGCGCCUACGCCUUCCUCCACUUUGUGGGCGCCGGUGCGCCGCUCGCCAUCGCGCUGGGCUGCGCGACGACCGUCGGCGUCCGGACCUACGGCUACGCGCGGAACGUCAAGCUCCCGACCUACAGCGACGUGCCCGCGGGGCCCGCGCCGCGCCUCGCCGCGAACGAUGCGCAUCUCGUCGUGACGGCCUGGGGCCCCGACGCGACGGGCCACGUCGCCACGCUCGCAAGGGUAUUGGCUGACGCGCGGGCGAACAUUUCCGCCUCGAAGAUUGCGACGAUUGGUGAUGAUAUUGUCGUCAUGCUCGUCGUAAGCGCGCCGCGCGGGGCAAGAGCUGGUCUGGUAUCUGCGGCGACGACGGCGGGCCGAGAACGCGGCCUCAAGGUGGACUGUCGCGACGUCACGCCGUCCCACGGCACGCCCCCUGCGGCAAAGGUCGCGGGGCGGGUGGCACUCCAAGGACCGGACUCGCCGGGCCUCGUCUCAAAUGUUGCCGCUCUGUUAUCGAAGCAUGGCCUCAACAUCUCCUCGCUCGACACGCGCGUCGUCGGCGUGGCGCCCGAGGGUCUCCAGCGGCGUGUGACCGAGGCGGCGCGGUCCCUCGACGCAAGAGACGCCGCGACGGACCUCUUUUGUCUCGAGGCGAUCGUCACGGCGCCCGAAAAGCCGGACGCAGCGGCGUUAAAACGAGACGUGGCGGCUCUACGAAAACGGUGUCGCCUCGACGUGCUCGACGUCGUCAUGGAAGAAUAGUAGUAAGUCUAACACAUA